AAAGAGAAUUUGGAAGGGAAGGACAGCCAAUUAAAUAACGAGGAUCUACAAACAUUUGCUUCAGUUUCAGAGGAUGAUACAGAAUCGAGAACGAAGAAGUUAAAGUUUGGGGCAGCAUCUCGGCCGCCAUAUACUCCACCACGCAAGCCCACCACUCCUCUGCCCUACUCCCGUCCCACCCAAAGGGCGGGCUACCCUGGGCGGUUCAAGGGCAGACAGUCAGCUGUAUACCGCAGCUCUUCUCUUUACCAGUCAUUGACUGAAGACCAGGAGCCAGUCACUGUCCAGUUCUUUGAACUGGAAGCUAGAGCACCAAAGUUAGAAUCUGCCAGUCUUGUUACAGAGGCUCCCUCUGUAGCCUCUACUUCAUCUUCAGAGGCGACUUCUCCAGCUACUUCCUCCACUGAACCAGCUUCUACAGAGUCUCCUCUGGACAACAAUACACCUGUAUUUAGUUCUUCAGCUGAAGCAAGAACUAUUGAUACACUUACAACCUCUAUAACAACAACAACAUCAACUGAAAUUCCAACUACCACAACUACUACAACAACUGAAUUACCUUCAACUACAACAACCAUGAAGCCCUCUACUACAACAACAACAAAGAAACCUACGACUACAACAAAGAAGCCCACAACUACAACAAAGAAACCAACAACAACAACAAAACCUACAACUACCACUAAGAAACCUACAACUACCACUAAGAAACCUACAACUACCACUAAGAAACCUACAACUACCACUAAGAAACCUACAACAACAACUAGGAAACCGACAACUACAACUACUACAACAUUAAAACCUACUACAAACUACCACUACCACCAUUACUCCAAAACCCACAACAACGACAACACCACCACUACUCCAAAACCCACAACGACAACCACUACUACAACUACUACCCCAAGACCAACAACCACUACAAAGAAACCUGUGACUACAACUAAAAAACCAACUACUACAUCGCAAAAGCCAACAACUACAACUAAGAAACCAGCAACUACUACGACCACAACUACCACCACAACCACAACUACCACCUCAACCACAACCACUACUACCACGCAAAAAACAACAACUUCAACUACUCAGCAGCCAACCACGAAAGUUGCAGAAGAAACCACUUUAAGGUCUCCUGAAACUGUCUCAUCUUCUAGUGACAUUUCUGCUGAUUUUGCUCUUCUUAACAGUUUGCUGCAGCUACAAAGUGACAACAGUGUUGCCAGCAACAGCAUAGCUCCAGUGGAGACCUCCUCCCCACUUCCUCCCACAGGUGCUGAGGACGAUGAAUUGGCCAAUCGGAUUAUUCAGCUGGCUAUUGAGCGUGCCCAGUCUACCACAGAAAGUUCCGCUUCAUCAGAAGGCUUCGACCUUCAACAGUUGUCAUCUAGCCCUGAACCGAGCUUCGAGCGAGAUGCCAAAAGUCUAGCACCUCCUCUUAUUGACUCCAUGAGCCUUGAAACAUCCUCCAAACCUGGUGGCAAGAUCUCUCUCUGGGUUGUGCCUGAAACUGAAACCGAACAAACAACAAGAGCGCAAAAGCUGACGCCAGAGGAGGAGCAGGUGCUGACGGCUCUCUUGGCUGCGCCGCAACCCACCUCCGGCAUCAGUGUGAGGGAUCAGCUCCUCUUGGCUGAGCUUCUGGCAGCAGGCAACAAUGGGGGAGCAUCGAUAUCGACAACUAAGAGACCUCGAAAGAAGAAGAAGAGACCCACAACUCCAGCCCCGCCUCCUCCUAUAUCUCCUUUGGCUGCUCUGUUUGGACAGGGAGGAAAGGGUGGGGUGGAGGUCUUAUUUGGUGCUGGAGGGGCAACGUUCCUGAGGCUGGCAGAAGGAGUAAAGUAUAAGUUGGGAAUCAUGACGACCAGUCUGGAGGACUACCCAGAGGCCUCAGGGUGGGCUGCUGGUGAAUGCUGCUAUCCAAAUUAUCAUACCAGGGCAGUCUCCCAGUUUCCAUGGGUUUUGGUCCUGCAG